GUCAGUCAGUGGUAUGAGUUGGUGGUUUUCACUGCCAGCAUGGAGAUCUAUGGCUCUGCUGUUGCUGACAAACUGGACAAUAACAGACAGAUAUUAAAAAGAAGAUAUUACAGACAGCACUGUACUCUAGAACUAGGGAGCUAUAUAAAAGAUCUCUCCGUAGUACACGGUGAUCUGUCCAGCAUUAUCAUAUUGGACAAUUCGCCAGGUGCAUACAGAAGUCAUCCAGAUAACGCAAUACCUAUUAAAUCGUGGUUCAGCGACCCCAGUGACACAGCACUCCUGAAUCUCCUCCCAAUGCUUGAUGCAUUGAGGUUCACGGCAGAUGUGAGAUCGGUCCUCAGUCGGAAUUUACAUCAGCACCGAUUAUGGUGACUCUCACUUCCGAUUCCCCGCUCCUCUCUCUCCCCCUCCCCAUCCCACAUUCCACGCCGAUAAGUGUGUCCGGAAUGGCCUUCCCCUGCGUGUUUCAUCCCUCCCUCCUCUGCCCAGUUCCCCCCUCCCCUCCUCUCCCUCCCUCCUGCCGUCAGGGCAAUCGGUCUCAGCUCGCCCUGACAGACCAGUCCGGGCACAGCAGACGACAGUGCCAGCCAGUCUCCCUGAAGCAGAAAGUGUGCUGCCAGUCUUCGAUGGCACUGAAGCAAUGGGACAGUAUUGUACAGUGUUUUAAACAAAGAAAGAAAACGUGAGAUUUAAUCCGCCCCUCCCUCUCUCGUGCGCGUGUGCGCACCUCCGCAUGCACAUCCACACGCACGCACACACACCCAUAUGUGCGCGCACACACAAACACAAACACACACGCGCACGCACA